AUGCCUUUGAUUGCUAUUAUUGUUACUGGUGCGACGCAUUCUUUUAUUUCUUUGGAUUGUGCUAAGAGAUUGAACCUUGAAUUAUCUGUUAUGCGUGGAAGCAUGGUUAUUGAUAAUCCGACUAUGGGAAUGGACUGGUUGAGGGCCAACCAUGUCUAUAUCAAUUGUUUUGCGAGAGUUGUUCUUUUUCUUGAGCCAGAGAAGGAAGGUGAUUUAUUCUUGUCUACUCAACAAGUCAAUGAAUCUGUGCGAGAUGAUGCUGAAGUGUUUAUGUUAGUGGCAAGUUUGAAGCUUAGUGAAAAUGGAACAAUGGGUGAAUUUCCAGUUGUUCGUGAUUUUCCUGAAGUGUUUCCUGAUGAGGUUAACGAUUUGCUGCCUGAACGUGAAGUUGAGUUCACGAUUAAUUUGAUUCUUGGUACUAGUCCGGUAUCGAUGGCUCCGUAUCGGAUGUCACCAUCUGAUUUGAAAGAGUUGAAGAGUCAACUAGAGGAUUUUCUUGAUAAGAGCGAGAUUAAUUUGAGGUAUGGGUAUCAUCAGAUCUGUGUGAAAGCUGAAGAUAAUCAAAAGACUGCUUUUAGAACAUGGUAUGGACACUAUGAGUAUUCGGUGACGCCUUUCGGUGUGACGAAUGCACCUGGUAGUGAAGGGGAUCAUGUUGAGCAUUUGAGGAUUGUUUUAUCUGUAAUGAAAGAGAAGUAG